AUGCGAUCAGUUUAUCAGCAACGUUGCGAUGAAAUGGAUCGUCAAGUCACAUGCGUAAAUACUUUUCAUCGCGACGACAUCAAACGUACCGUGCAAGUGACGCGCGGUGUCUUAAAUUUAAUUGGUGUGUGGCCAUCGCGCACAACUCCAUCCACGUUCAAGAUCAUAAAAACAAAGUUGAUCAGAAUUUUGUGCCAAACUCUGCUAUAUGUUGUUUUUGUGUCAGGCGGGCUGAAGAUAUCUCUUAAAGAAUUGAAUAUGUAUCGUCGCCUCAAAGUGCUCGGACCAAUGUGUAACAUACUGAUGGCCAUACUCAAGCAUAUUGCACUGAUCUAUCAAGGCGAACGACUUAAGGCCUGCAUUAGAUACAUCGAAGAAGACUGGAGGAAAGUAAGUCCGACAGAAGAUCGCAGAAUUAUGAUGGACAAUUCGAAGAUAGGCCGCAGCCUGGCGAUCCUUUGCGUGGCUUUCAUGUAUGGUAGCGGAUUCUCGUAUCGCACGAUUCUACCAUUAUCACGCGGAGUCAUCGUCACGCCACAGAACGUGACAAUUAGACCAUUGCCAUUCGAUGGCUACUAUCUGUUCAUCGACCCGCAAAAGACUCCGGCUUACGAAAUUAUCUUCAUCAUUCAGCUUCUCUCCGGAUUCGUGCAGUACUCGGUGACCAGCGGUACUUGCAGUUUAGUGGCUCUUUUAGUGUUACAUGCCUGUGGCCAAUUACAAAUUCUUAUCACCAUGAUGGAAGAUCUCACACAGAUCGAAUAUUUCCCCAAUAAAAACGUCAAUCGGAAAUUGGCAGCUAUCAUAAAGCAACAUAUCAGGAUUAAGAGCUUUUUAAGAGAGGUAGAAGAAAGUUUGCAAUACACAUGUUUGAUAGAAGUAAUUGGAUCCACAUUUGUUUUGUGUAUUCUCGGUUAUUAUAUAAUAGUGGAAUGGGGAGAAAAUGGUAUGACGCCAAUUAUAAUUUAUACUACAGUUCUUUUAACAUUCACCUUUAAUAUUUUCAUAUUGUGUUUUAUCGGUCAGCUUCUUACGGAUCAGAACACAAAAAUGUAUAUUACUUCCUGUACUCUUGAUUGGUAUCGCAUUCCUCACAAAACUGCUCAAGGUCUUAUUUUGAUAAUCGCGGUGUCUAGUGUGCCUGUUAAAAUUACCGCAGGAAAAUUUAUGGAUCUAUCUCUCUAUAGCUUUGGUGCCAUCGUAAGAACAUCAGUUGCAUAUCUAAAUCUAUUACGUACGACCGGCGUUUAAGGCUGAAAACUUAAUUAGAACAAAAUGAGUUUUAUUCAUUGGAAUUUUAUUUAUAGAAAAUUUAAAAUUUUUACGGAAUGUAAAUAGCACUAUUUGCA